AUGGGUCUUAUUCCUUCUCCUGCAUUCCAUUAAUAAUUUGCCCAAAUAUUUUAUUGUAAAAUAUUUCUAAAUUAUCUUAGUAGGAUCUAUGAAGCAGGACAUGAUGAAGGAUCACCAUAUCAUCUAUCAUGAAAUUUCCAUUCUAUGA